CUAUUUAUCGGGUGUAUCCAGGAUUCCACGUUACCAAGCGUUUCGUCUGCUACAAAGUAAAAAGAAAAUAGCAUGAUUGUUUUUAUUUUGUAAUCGAGGAAUUAUUCAUAUUUAUUUUAAGUAAUGGAAGUUCGUAACUACUCCUGUCUUAUCGAGCUUUUAGGUGAGAGUAAUGUGGCCCUUCCAUCUAGUUCAAGUGGGAUUUUAAUUGAUAGCCGACUAGGAAUUUUAUUAACUCAUGGCACCGUCCUAUUUGAACACCUUUUACAUAACAACGAUAAUCAUCGGCAGCUGUUGAAAAAUCAAAGUGUAAACCUAGAAAAAUUUAAUUUACGAGCUAAAGUUUCCUUUGAAAAAUUCGAUAAAGAUAAUCAAAAGAAAAGGAGCACUUCUCAUAUACAAUUAUUUAAUUGUAAUCAAGGAAGUAGUGUCACUCCAAGAGAUAACCAUUCAGCGCAAGUUCUACAGAUAUUUGUUUGUCCAGAAUUUGUCAACGGAUUGAACGAUGUAGCACCGAAACAUUCCGAUUGGUCUUUCAACUAUAUUGAUGACACAAGCGAAAAAGACCAAUUAAUCAUUGAUCUACUACCUACGUUUGUGUUGCUAAGAAUCGAUAAUUGGCGUAACGAAGUUGAAAAUGAUUUGAAAAUAUCACCUAUUAAACUAGUUAGAGAAGGUUUAGAAGUAUAUUCAGUUGCUACUCCGUUUGCUAAUCUUAGUCCAGGAGUAUUCUUAAACUCUAUUAGUCGGGGAAUCAUAUGUAAAGCUACUGGAAAGCACAAGAGUGUCUUACUGACCGACGCUAGAUGUGUACCAGGAACCGAAGGUGGACCAUUAUUCGACAAGCAAGGACGCUUGAUAGGCUUAAUUGCUUCGUCACUCUGCUGGAAAGGUGGAGAGUUUACCGGUUUGGCCAUUGCUUGCUCAAUUCAGAGUCUUCUUCGUUCACUUCCGUUAUAUAGAGCCAUAACGAAUAUUAUAAGGGAAGAGGACGUUGAAUUCAGCCAUGAUCAACAAACAUUCUUAGUAGAGAAGCUAUCGAAGAGUGUUGUAUACGUUAAAUGUGGGGCUCUGAGUGGAUCUGGAGUUGUGAUCGAGCCUCAGAUGGGUUUGAUCGCCACUUGCAGACAUGUGGUUGCCCAGUCGGCCUAUAAUCCUACCAAAGUUAAAUUAAGCGACGACUGUGAUUGGUUUGAAACUGAUGUGAUAUUUUCGACAAAUUCUUCGAGUCCAUACGAUUUUGCACUGCUCAAAGUAAAACAUUUUGUUGAUUUGCCACUUUUGCCAAGCGUUCAAGUUGAAAAUAAUCCAUUUGAAGGAGAAGAACUAUUUAUGAUUGGACACGCUUUGUUAGAGGAUAAAGCAAAAUAUUCACCUAUUGUUAGUACUGGCUGUCUGGCGAAGUUAGUCUGUCAAGAUUCCCUUCCGGUAAUGAUUCAAAGUACAACAGUUAUACUACCAGGUGCGAGUGGGGGAGCACUUUUCGGUAAAAAUGGGCAUUUAGUAGGACUAAUAGUCUCAAAUUCAAAAGAUACGGAAAAUAAUGUCAACUAUCCCCAAGUAAACUUGAGCAUUCCUUUUGUAACUCUUUGGCCAUAUAUUGAAGCAUAUAAAGAAACUAAAGAUAUGCAGCAUUUAGAACUCUUGAACACUGCAAAUAAUCUCUUAAAGGAACUUUGGUCUCUUCAAUCAAAAGGUUAG